AUGGACACUCUGUUCCGAAAAAGCAAGAGCUCUCGUUCGUCAGGCUCUUCGUCUCUACCGCCACCUUCAGCCGGUCUCGGCGGCGUGCCAUAUAAUCAACUCCCUCAAUCGAACGGUCUCCCGGUCGCUGGUCCUUCUACCCAGAGCAUACGGCGAGAUGUCAACGGAUACGAGAAUCUCAAAGACUUCAUCUCUCCUCCAAGCACCAACUCGGGGCUCGGAAGGGAUGGUCCGCCCUUACCUGGCAAAGAUCGGUCGAGCGGGCAAAUCACCCCGCUCGAGAAUUCUCGGCGGCCCUCGUCGGAUGCGAGCACGUACAAUAGCCAGCGCUACGUCUCGCCAAUGCCCUCUGCGGACUGGCGGCAGUCUUCGCGGGAUCCGGAGACGUCGUCAAUACGGAGCGUUUCGACCGUUAGCUCUCAGCCAAAUCGAGAUCUGGGACGGUAUCCCACGUUCCAGGUCGAUGCGAUGAACCGGCCAGUCCGGCCAACUCAGCAGGCAUUCACAGCUGUCCCGGGCCUCGGACCAUCCCCGUCUACUUCGGCCUUCUCGUUUCCUCGACCGUCAGACGACGAGGUUGAGGAGAUGUUUGCUCGGCUGGUAGAGGAUCGGGAUUUCGGUUCCUCGGCGCACCUCCCUACCCUCUCCUCUCGCGCCUCCGUCGCAUCAACCGUCUCGGCCGUCGGUCAAGUCGCUAGCAUAUCAACGGAUAUGAAGUGGAAACUUAUAUCGGAUAAUGCACGGAAGGCACACGAUUCCAAGCGGAAGAUUGAUGAGGCGCAGAAGGCGGGCAAGGCGAGGGGAGAAGGGGUCAUGCUCAAGAACUCGGUCGAGUGGUUCUUGAGAAAGAUCAUGACGCAGAGCUUCACAAAGGACCACUUCAACAAGCUCAGUGUCAGCUUGAGGACGGAGCCUGUAGAGUGGAUGCGGAACUGGCUAGACCACCAGGGUCAGGAGGUACUAGCAAAGUAUCUCAACAAUAUCACGAGUCGGCCAAAUCGAGGUGGAGCGGAUGUAGAGCUGGAGUUUGAGUGUCUGAAGUGCAUGAAGGUGUCCUUGAGCAAUAAACUCGGAGCGCACGACGCCAUGACCCGCCCCACCAUCGUCAACGCUAUCUGCACCUCUCUGCUCUCACCCUAUCAGCCAUGCCGCAAGCUCGCCGCCGAAAUGCUCAUAUUCUUUUGCAGCUUCGACGAGGAGUCACCGGAUCGCAAGGGGCUAGGAAUGGUCCUAGUUGCUUUCGACUAUGUCGAGCAGACCCUGAACAGUGCUAUUGCGGACGUGUCCAACAAGGUUGGCAAAUUCGACAUGUGGCUGCGGCAGUUGGAGGCAACGAUAGACGGGCGGGGAAGGAUGGGGAGUAUGGUGGGCAUGUCGAAGGACUUUAAGGAGUCUAUACACGUGCAAGAGUACUGCAAUCUCAUGCUGUACCUCGCUCAGCUCAUGUCGUCCAGCAAUCAAUUACGGUCCCGGUGUUCCGUCCGUGCUCAACUGGAAUCGUCAGGCCUCGUCGCCAUAUUCGACAAGGUUCGGCCAUGGCGGGAUCCAAAUAUCACCGAAUUGAUACAGCGGUACGAGGAGGAAGCGGAGGCAGACCGGCGCGAAUUGAUGGAGGAGCAACAGCAGACUGUGCUGCACUCCAUGCGGGCACCCGAGGACGUCUUCCGGGCGCUACUACAAAACACCCGCGGAACCAAGGCGAGCGCGUACCUUCUCGACGCUAUGCGGCACAUGCUGCUCAUCCGACAAGACCACGAUUUUGUGCGCUUCUUCCAGCUCAUCGACCGGUUAAUCGUCAGUAUCGUCACCAGCGAUACGCCCGAGAUGAGCUACGACUUUUCUCGGGCAUUCGGGAUCUCGGUCACCCAUCUCAUCGGCAAGUUUGUCGAGCAGGACAGGAUGGAGCAGGCCACCGAGGAGAUCAAGAUGCUCAGGGCGGCGGUUUCACGUGCGGAUCGGGAAAAGGCGGAUAUGGCGGAUGAGAUGGCAGGCGGGAACGAUGGCCUCGUUGGGCAGCUCAAGGCCCAGGUACACGAGCUCGAGGAGAAGCUUCACAAGUCUCGGGCAGCAACAGAUGCUCUGCGGGAUCAGCUCGAGGGGACCAAGAGGGACUACGAGGCCCGGAUAGCGGAUCUCGAGUUGAUCAUCCAGGAGCUAUUCAACAUGCUCCGGGAGACCAGUCAUCUCGAUACUGUGGCGGGACUGGAUCAGGGACCGAUCAAUCGCGCCAAGCUCAUCCAUGAUCUGCGGGAGCAGUGGCAUCGGAAGAAGACGAUCGAAAAGCUCGAGGGAGGGGAAGGCAAGAAGGGGGCAGCGGCGGAUGACGAGGAGGAAGGGGAGGUGCUGGAGGCAGAGAAGGUGGUGAUGAAGCGGGCGACACCUGGGGAGCUACCCAAGGCGCCCAAGAGGCAGGCGAUAUCGGGCAGUCAGUUCUUGGACGCAGCGGAUGACGAUGUCCGGGCGCAUAUCGAAGAUGCUCUUGUCAGGGGUUCGGACCAUAUCUCACCCAAAGUACAAACAGGCUCGCUUCGGAGCACUCGGCCGCGAGAAGGUGGUGAUACGCCCACUCGACGACGAGGCGGUCCGGACGCCCCGCCUAUCGGCGAAAAGUCCAUCCACCGCUUCCCGCAAGGCAGACUACCCGCUCGUCUGCUCGCAGAGCUACAGUAUCGCCAUCUGUCCCGCUCGGCCUCAGCGCCGACCGUCAGCUUACUGGACGAUGCGUUCGAGAAGAGCACGUAUCGCGAGAGCGGACUGGAGAGCGAUACCUCGUCCGGCUCCAACUUUGAGCUGCGGACACCCGUCCAGUCGGCUCGCAUGCGAGACUCGUUCGCAGCUCAGGUGCUGAGUCGGGCUCGGAGCCUUCGGGCAGGAUCCGAGGAGACAGAGGACUUCCUGCCACCCCUGCAAGGCGCGCUCGGUACGGUCACUGAGGACGACGAGAUGCUCAAGACGCCUGAGCGAUACUCGGCCAAGUCAUCGGCCGAGAUGCCUCCGCCUCCCCCGCCACCACCGCCUCCUCCACCACCACCACCGCCUCCUCCACCACCACCACCCCCGCCUCCCCCGCCUGGCGGCAUGGUCGCUUCCAGUUCCGCUCCUAUCAAUCCCUCCGCCAAGACCACCCGCGCUGCCCAUGCACAAAGCGUGGUGGGCAUGGCCGGCGUUCUCGCUGGAAUCAAGGGCGGAUUCAAACUCAAGACUUCGGCCCAACCUGGUACUCCACCUUCACCCCCGUCGAAGCCCAAGCAGAAUCUCGCUUCCCACCUUGCCUCUCGCGCCCCACUCGCACCCAUCACGUCUCUCCUCCACGGCGCCAAUGACAGCAGGAAGGAUGUGCCACUCAUGGCGAGCAAGAAGAUGAAGCAGCUUCAAUGGGAGAAGGUCUCCAAGACGCAGCUGGCAAAGACGGUAUGGGGUGAGACGGCGACAACGGAGGAUGAGCUCAUGGGGAAGAUGCAGGCGGUGAACCUGUGGUCCGAGAUGGAGGACGAGUUCAAGGCAAAGGAGAUCAUCCGGGAUGCAGUCAAACGGAAGAAGGAGUCUGAAUUGCAAUCGGUAUUGGGUCCAGAGCAUCGGAAACGAAUAGAAAUUCUCAUGGCUGGUACCGCUGCAAAGAACAAGGCGCCAGAAAAGCUGUCGGACGCUAUCGCGGACUUUGACAAGGAUCUGUGUAGCGAGACCUUCCUCCGGGAGCUCCAAGGUGUCCUGCCGAAUGACGACGAUCGCGGCAAGCUUCUCACACACAGCGCCGACACACCCUCCGAGCUCGAGCUGCUUCAUCCCGCCGAUCGACUCAUGGUCCGCCUCAUCCAACUUCCUCACCUCUCGGACCGCGUCAAGGGCAUGCUUUUCCAGGUCCGCUUCCCCCAGAACAUCGAACUGCUCAAGCAGAGUCUCGAUCUCCUCAUCGCCGCCUGUACCGAUCUGCAGAACGCCCCUCUCUUCCGUCGCCUCUGCCAGCUCAUUCUGCACAUUGGAAACUACAUGAACGGGACCAACUUUGCGGGUGGCGCCUUCGGCUUCAAGAUCGCCUCGAUCAACCGGCUGGUCGAUACCAAAUCGAGCAGCGGACAGAACCUGCUGCAUUUCCUGGAACGGCAGGUCAGCAUCAACUUUCCGGAGCUGGAGGGAUUCGUGGAGGAGCUGGCGAGGCCGUCGGAUGCGAACAGAGUCAACUUCCAAGACAUGCAGUCUACGAGUCGGACAAUGCUCGAGGAGAUCCGCUAUAUCCGCCGAUCCCUCAGCGACAACUUCGAGGCGAGCACGGAUGGCUACACGCGCAAGAUGUUCCGCUUCGCCGCUGUGGCAGAAGAGGAGCUGAAGGAGCUGAGGGACGGGAUCAUACAGGCAGAGGCGGCGUUGAGGGAUGUUCAGACGUACUACGGGGAAGGGGAGGAGAUGGGCAGGCCUAUUCCCAGUCAAGAGUUCUUUGGCAUCUUCCGGACAUUCACUAGCUCGUACAAGUUCUGCCGACUCGCCAACCGCCAAAAACAGGAAGAGGCCACCGCCAGAGACCGCAGAGCCGCCGCUCGAGCCGCACUAUCCCCACAACCCACAGGCGCGUCCGUCGAAGGCAAUCUCAUCGACGCCCGCCUCCAGCGCCUCAAGCUCGAGGGUACUCCCAGGGUCAAGCGGGAACGCCGGGCCGCUGCACCCCCUCUAUCCCCCAUCCCUGCCAAUAGCGACUUUUCCGACUUCAUGCUCCCCUCCAUCGGCGACGAGUCGGACUACGGCAGUCUGGCGCAAAAGAUGCUCGACGACCUCUUCAACCCCAGCACCGCCGCAUUGGAUGACUUUGCGGACUCGCACGAUCCCCCUUCCCCAUCUCCCGCCGGCGACGUGCGAUUGGGCGCCCAGAUGCUCAGGAGCGGAUCAGGAGACGUUAGCUCCUCAUCGCCUACAUCGCCCGUAUCGCCAUCCAUCGAGAUAUCGGCUGCUGGGGAGACAUCGGACAGGGUUGGCGACGUCGUUGUAAGCACUAGGGAGGAUUAG